AGUUGGAAACAUGUCACCCAUGUCCCGAUACACUUUUGUUCACUGUAUGUUGCAUGAUUGAAAACUGAGUUUGAAAUGUGUAAUUUUGUGUUGUGAAAGAGUUCAAUGCUAUGACAACAAAUACUAAGCGUACGGUUUAUGUUGGUGGUUUGGCAGAAGAAGUUGACGAGAAAGUUCUGCAUGCAGCAUUCAUUCCAUUUGGUGAUAUAGUUGACAUUCAGAUACCUCUUGAUUAUGAAACUGAAAAACAUAGAGGUUUUGCAUUUGUUGAAUUUGAGGCAGCCGAAGAUGCAGCAGCUGCUAUUGAUAACAUGAAUGAUUCAGAACUUUUUGGAAGAACCAUUAGAGUAAAUUUGGCAAAACCUCAGAAGAUUAAAGAAGGCUCAUCAAAACCCGUUUGGGCAGAUGAUUCUUGGCUUCAAGAACAUGCUGGUGCAACAUUAAAGAAAGCUGAUAACGCAACCAAGAGAUCUGCUAGUGGAGAAACAACUGAGGAUGAACCUGAAACAAAGAAAGUUAAGAAAAAUCCACAAGUAUAUUUUGAUAUCAAAAUAGGAAAAGUUGAUGUUGGUCGUAUAAUAAUGAUGCUCAGAAGUGACAUAGUUCCCAAAACUGCAGAAAAUUUUAGAUGUCUUUGUACACAUGAAAAAGGUUUUGGUUAUCAAGGAAGUACCUUUCAUCGAAUAAUACCUGAUUUUAUGUGCCAAGGAGGAGAUUUCACUAACCAUAAUGGCACAGGGGGUAGAUCUAUAUAUGGAAGUAAAUUUGAAGAUGAGAAUUUUACUCUCAAGCACACUGGACCUGGAACACUUUCCAUGGCCAAUUCUGGUCCUAAUACUAAUGGAUCACAGUUCUUUCUGUGCACUGCCAGGACUGAUUGGCUAGAUGGGAAGCAUGUUGUAUUUGGCCAUGUUAUUAGUGGUCUGGAUGUCCUAAAGAAAAUGGAGAAAUGUGGGACAAAAGCGGGCACACCAACAGAAAAAGUGACAAUUGCAGCAUGUGGGGAACUUGUUUAAUUUUAUCUACAGUUCUAUGUAUGGGGACAUCCACUGCAUGAACAUGUGUCCCUUGAAAUCUGCUGGGCAGUACAAAUUAAUUAUAAUUGUGCAACUGUGAACAUUUUUAAAACUGUCACCACUGUGAAGCAACUGUGUCUGUACAUUGGAAUGUUACCUUCUAAUUUUUAUGAGAUUACUAGAAAAUAGAAGAAACAUUGCUGUUGAGAAGAAGAGGGAAAACACACACACACACACACACAAACACACACACACACACACACACACACACACACACACAC